GAGAGAGAGAGAGAGAGAGAGAGAGAGACAGAGAGAGAGAGAGAGAGAGAGAGAGAGAGAGAGAGAGAGAGAGAGCAGAUCUAGCAGAGUAGCAGAGCAAUGGCGUCGUCCGACAUGGACGUGAGCUUGGAUUUCUCUUGGGAGGCCCUGGUGCUCGAGCUCGGCGACGCAGAUAGCAUGCACCUGCCGGCCGAGGACUCUCUGUCCGGCCUGUGCGACGACUUGACGAGCUCGCCGGACGGCGCCACCUCGCGGUCGACGAAGGCAAGCAGCUUGGAGAGGAAGAACAUAAUCAACGAGAGGCACCGGCGAAGGAUGCUCAACGAGAAGCUUUACGCCCUUCGCCGUGUCGUUCCAAACAUCACCAAGAUGGACAAGGCGUCCAUCAUCCAGGACGCUAUCGCCUACAUCGAGGAGCUGCAGGAGCAGGAGCGCCAGAUUCUUGCCGCCCUCCGAACCGACAGCUGCACCGCCGUGGCCAAGGUGGACGAUGCCGCCUCGACCGGCAGCAACGCAGAGGACCAUGGCGUCGGCUCCUCGCCGCGGAAGAAGAUGAGGAGGACCACCUCUGCCUCCUCCAUUAACGGCGCCUUCUGUUCUCCUUCCACGCAUCCGGUUCAAAUCUUUGAGCUGGAGGUGACGCAGGUAGCAGAGGAGUUAACAAUGGUCAGCAUGAGACAUGGCAAUUCCCACAACGCCAUUGCCAAGGUGUGCGAGGCACUCGAGUCGCUCUGUCUCAAGAUCAUCUCGACAAGCAUCACCGCUGUGGCCAGUGGCAUCGUCCACAACAUGUUCGUUGAGGCAGAAGGAAUGCAUGGUGCUCAAACAAUCAAGGAGAUGAUACAAACUCACUCAGCCAUCUCGAUGUGAGAAGAAGCUCACCGAUGUCUAUGAGUCCAUGUUGAAGAUUAAGUGUUGCAAAUAAUGCACUAAUGGGCAUCCCAUCUAUCUAGGAUUUAAUCAUCUCGAUGUGACUAAUGUGCUUCCCAACUACCUAUGCUCUAGUCAUGUCGAUGUGAAUCUCAACCACCUAUGCCCUAGUAUAAUCAAGGGAUGCACUAAUGGCAAUCCCAACAUUGCUGAAGCAAUCAAGGAGAUCGACUCACUCCGCGACCUCAGUCUGAGAAGAAGCCCACCAAUGCCCAUGAGCCCUGAUGAAUACGAAGUGUUGCGAAUAGACAUCCUUCUAAUUUUUCACUAAUUAAUCAGACAAUUUUCUUCUUCUUAAUAAAUGGAUAGAGGCCUUUUGGCCUCAGUUUCAAGAAAAAAAGAUUAAGUGUUGCAAAGAA